AAUAUUUCCCUCAGUAAACUGUUGUUGAUUUUCUGUAUAUAUUCCUGUUCAUUCUAUGACAGAGGUAAAUCCAGGUGAAACAAUACCAUCUGAUAAGAUUCAGAUUGAACCAAGGAAAUGAUAGAAAAAAUGAUUCACGUAAAAUCUUACACUUCCUAUUCACUACGAUCAAUGAUUUUAUUCUUACGCAGGCAGUCAUUGAAAUAAAAGCUGUUGUUCACUGAAAAUCAGUCAGUUUUCUCAACAAACCGAAGAUGAACAUUGCGUUCAUAUUGUUUUUCACACUUUGGUCAUUGCCCAAUCUCCAAAGCAAGAAAAGGAAGUGUUUACCCAAGAACCACUAUUGGAAACCUUACGUGGCAACUGGGGCAUAUCCAAGGUCUGCUUUUCCUGUUGGGGUACCGAAGAAUUACAGCAGGACCUUUGUCGCAAGGGUAACAGUCCCUUACAAGAAAUGGUCAAGGGUGGUUCCAGCUCAGCUGUUUAAUGAUCACGUGGAAUCUGCUUCUAUGUAUGGAGAAAAUAAGACUGUGGAAAGAUAUACUGAUGGUAUAGAGAUUCUCCACGUGACAGAUCGCAGCAAUUACGAAUGGAUGCCCAUAGAAUGGCACGAUUGCCCACACCACGACUGUCCAGAUCACCAGUGCCCAGAACAUCCCCCCAAGUGUCCCACAGACUGCGAGCCCACCUGCCCUUCCAAAUGCAGACCGGAACCACCCGCAUCUCCAAAACCCACGAAGUGUCCCGAGGCAGCAGGCCCCCCAGGCCUCCCCACGAAGAAACCCCAACGUCCCCCCACCACGACAAAAACUAAACGUCCCCCAACCACCAAAAGGACGAAACGUCCCACCACGAGAAGGACCAAACGCCCCCCGACGCCCACGCGUUGUCCUGGGAAGAAUGAACCCUGCGAUUGCGAUGAUAUGAUAGAGGAUAUCUGCAAGAAGCUGCGCGAGUGCUGCUGUUUCGUUGAGGGUGGAAUAGGGUGGGACGAUGAGGGGGCUACGCAGAUAUACCACGUCGGCAGGGUUGUCGACCAGGGGCAGAUCAAGAUUGGAAGGUGUUUGACUAGGAAGUAUAAGAAAUUUGGGGGUGAAAUCGGUAUUUUUUACCCCUCCGGUAUGAAGACGAGGAGCAGAAAAAACGGUUUUGACGUUCUCACUUACGAUUGCGACAGAAAAUCCCCUGAAUGCCUCAAAUUAUACAGACGUCUGCAGGGGAAUGCUAAACCGAAAGGGAUGUUUUAGGAAGGGAUGUUUGAGGCUAUGUAAUAAUGAUUCUACAGUCUGAAAGCUGUUGAUUGAUCGGUUUUUAUAUGUUUUUUAAUGCUUCCAUAUGAAUUAUAAUUCAAAAUAAACUUUGGGUUAC